AUGGGGCAGCCCUUUCCCUACUAUGUGUCAGGGUCCUGGGAUUCCCCAGACCAGGGGCCAGGGACAUCUAGGCCUCCAGCCCUGAGCUCCAUAUAUUCUGGGUCCUGGCUGCUGCCCUUUUUUAUCCACCGGGAUGAUAUUUCCUAUGACAACCAAGACUUGAACUGCGACCUGCUUGGCACACUCAGAGGGCGUCUUCGCUGGGAUUGGUCGGGAAAAGGUGACUUUCCCAGAGCACACAGCACCUUACACCAGGACACAAUGCCGCCAGUCCUCGACCGCGCGACCGUGACCCAGAAGAAGCCCCAGGCGCCCCCAGGAAAGUCAGGGGUCUCCAAGGUGCCCCGCCAUCGCCUGCCAGCUGGGGCUCCCUUGGCCUGUUCCCGGUGUAUCAGUGAUGGAUAUCUGGAGCCCAAGACCUGUGAUGGUAGUGCCUCUUGUAAGAGUUGUCUUCCUCCUUCCCCCGCCCACCGCCAUGGCACCAGCCAAGGCUGCUGGGAGUGGAUUCGGAGCCUUCUGCGCAGGAGUCCCUGA